UGGUGCCUUUUCAACUUUCUGUCUGAGGACAAGUACCCUCUGAUAAUGGUUCCUGAUGAGGUGGAAUACCUACUGAAGGAGGUGCUCAGCAGCAUGAGCUUGGAGCUGAGCUUGGGUGAGUUGGAGGACCUGUUCCCCAGGAGGCCCAAGCAGCCCAGACCACCAGGGGACUCAGUGUCUGGCAGUUCCUAGAGCUCUUCAACUCAGGCCGCUGCCUGUGGGGUGUGGGGCAGGACACCCUCAGCAUGGCCAUCCACGAGGUCUACCAGGAGCUCAUCCAAGAUAUCCUGAAGCAGGGCUAUCCGUGGAAGCGAGGACAUCUGAGGAGAAACUGGGCAGAAUGCUGGUUCCAGCUGCAGCCUAGCUGCCUGUGCUACUUUGGGAGUGAAGAGUGCAAGGAGAAAAGGGGCAGUAUCCCCCUGGAUGCACACUGCUGUGUGGAGGUACUGCAGGGCCAUGAUGGAAAGCGCUGCAUAUUGUGUGUGAAGACAGGACCUGCACGUAUGAGAUGAAUGCCUCGGACACUCGCCAGCACCAGGAGUGGACGGCUGCCAUACAGACUGUGAUCCGGCUGCAGGGGAAGACGUCACUGCACAAGGACCUGAAGCAGAAGCAGCGCGAGCAGCGGGAGCAGUGCUGGGCAGCCAAGGAGGAGGAGUUGCUGCGCUUACAGCAGCUGCAGGAGGAGAAGGAGCAGAAGCUGCAGGAGCUGGAUGCCGCAGGAGGCGUAGCCGCAGGCCCAGCGGCUGCUGCAGCAGGAGGAGAAGCGAUGAUGCAGUCAGCACCAAGAGCUGCAGCAGGCGCUUGAGGGCCAGCUGCGCAAGGCUGAGCAGGCCCUGGCCUCCAUGCAGGCUGAGAUGGAGCUGAAGAAGGAGGAGGCUGCCCGACAACAGCAGCACAUCAGGAAGCUGGAGGAGAUGUAGCAGCGGUUGCAGGAGGCUCUACAACUGGAGGUGAAAGCUCGGCGGGAUGAGGAGGCUGUGCGCCUUGCCCAGACCAGACUGCUGGAGGAGGAGAAGCUGAAGCAGCUGAUGGGGCUGAAGGAGGAGCAGGAACCCUACAUCGAACGUGCACAACAUGAGAAGCAAGAGCUGCAGCAGGAGAUGGUGCAGCAGAGUCACUUCCUGCAGCAGGCCCAGCAGCAGCUGGAGGAAGUGCAGCAGAACUGGCAGAGGGCUGAUGAGGAUGUAGAGGCCGCCCAGCGGAAGUUGCGCCAGGCCAGCACCAAUGUGAAACAUUGGAAUGUUCAAAUGAAUUGGCUCAUGCAUCCAAUUGAGCCUGGAGAUAAGCUUCUGGUCACUAGCAGCUCCUUCACAGGCUUCCAGCCCCCUGUGCUUGCCCGCAGUGACUCCUCCCUAAAGCGUCUGACUGGCUGGGGAUCCAGGGCAGCAGGACCUCCUCACCUAACAGCAGUGAACAGCAGAAAUCUCUCAGUGGAGGGGAUGAGGCUCCUGUUCCGCUUCUGCCA